AUGGCCUACCAAGGCGGGCGCUCGCAUUCGCCGAACUACGACGAUUCGCACGACGCUUCCGAUGCUCAUCGUCUGCAGGAUGUACCUGCUUCUCAGUACCGCGAGGAUGAAGAUGCGGCCCGUGGAUUGUUGUCCCAACACCAGGGUCCCUUUGCGACUCCCUUUGACGACCCUCACUCGCGCGGUGUUUCGCCCCAGCGUCCUGCUUCCGGUUACAGCUUGACUGAGACUUACGCCGCUGAUACCGCGCCUUCUUACAACGAUCCUUACAGCGCUGGUUCCGUGUACUCGGGUCAUGAUGAGAACCCCGCGACUGCGUUCGGCGUCCCUGGCCGCGUCCCUUCGCCCUACGCUCGCAGUGAAACUUCCUCGACUGAGGCAUGGCGCCAGCGACAAGCACCCGGAGGUCCAUCCGGUGGAGGUGGUGGUGGCGGCGGCGGCGGUCUUCGCAGAUAUGCCACAAGAAAGGUUAAGCUGGUGCAGGGUUCAGUCCUGAGUGUGGACUACCCUGUUCCCAGUGCGAUUCAAAAUGCCAUCCAGGCUAAGUAUCGCAACGAUGUGGAGGGUGGAACUGAGGAAUUCACACACAUGCGAUACACCGCAGCCACCUGUGAUCCCAACGAAUUCACUCUCCACAAUGGAUACAACCUGCGUCCCGCUAUGUACAACCGUCACACUGAGUUGCUGAUUGCAAUUACCUACUACAACGAAGACAAGAACCUUACAGCACGUACCUUGCACGGUGUGAUGCAGAACAUUCGCGACAUUGUCAACCUCAAAAAAUCCGAGUUCUGGAACAAAGGUGGACCGGCAUGGCAAAAAAUUGUGGUGGCACUCGUUUUCGACGGUAUUGACCCUUGUGAUAAGGAUACCUUGGAUGUCCUGGCCACAGUUGGUAUUUACCAAGACGGUGUCAUGAAGCGUGACGUUGACGGAAAGGAGACUUUGGCUCACAUUUUCGAAUACACCACUCAGCUCUCGGUCACGCCUAGCCAGCAACUUAUCCGUCCCACUGACGAUGGCCCUAGCACACUGCCACCCGUGCAGAUGAUGUUCUGCUUGAAGCAGAAGAACAGCAAGAAGAUCAACUCUCACCGUUGGUUGUUCAACGCCUUUGGUCGAAUUCUAAACCCCGAGAUUUGUAUCCUUUUGGAUGCCGGUACAAAGCCAGGUCCCAAGUCUUUGUUGUACCUCUGGGAGGCCUUCUACAACGAUAAAGAUCUUGGAGGUGCUUGUGGUGAAAUCCACGCCAUGUUGGGUAAGGGUUGGCGUAACCUGAUCAACCCCCUUGUGGCUGCACAGAACUUCGAGUACAAAAUCAGUAACAUUCUGGAUAAGCCACUGGAGAGUUCGUUCGGUUACGUCAGUGUGUUGCCUGGUGCGUUCUCAGCUUAUCGUUUCCGUGCCAUCAUGGGUCGUCCGCUUGAGCAGUACUUCCACGGUGACCACACCUUGUCUAAGCAACUCGGAAAGAAGGGUAUCGAGGGUAUGAACAUUUUCAAGAAGAACAUGUUCUUGGCUGAGGAUCGUAUCCUCUGUUUCGAACUGGUCGCGAAGGCUGGUUCCAAGUGGCAUUUGUCAUACGUCAAAGCCUCAAAGGGUGAGACUGAUGUCCCCGAAGGUGCCGCCGAGUUUAUCUCCCAACGUCGUCGUUGGCUCAACGGUUCGUUCGCUGCUGGUAUCUACUCGCUCAUGCACUUCGGCCGCAUGUACAAGAGUGGUCACAACAUCGUUCGCAUGUUCUUCCUCCACAUUCAGAUGUUGUACAACGUCUUCAACACAUUCCUCACCUGGUUCUCACUCGCAUCCUACUGGCUCACCACCUCCGUUAUCAUCGACUUGGUGGGAACGCCCAGCAAAAACAACGACUACACUGCGUUCCCCUUCGGAAAGACUGCCACCCCUAUCAUCAACACCAUUGUGAAGUAUGGAUACUUGGCUUUCGUGCUGCUGCAAUUCAUCCUCGCCCUUGGUAACAGACCCAAGGGUUCCAAGUUCUCCUACCUCGCCUCCUUCAUCGUGUUCGGUAUCAUUCAGCUUUACAUUGUGGUCGAUUCGCUCUACUUGGUCGUUCGCGCGUUCAGCGGUGGUGCCCCCAUGGACUUUGUCACCGACAAGGGCGCUGGUGAAUUCCUCAAGUCUUUCUUCUCCUCUUCCGGUGCUGGUAUCAUUAUCAUUGCCCUGGCUGCCACCUUCGGUCUCUACUUCGUUGCCUCCUUCAUGUAUGCCGAUCCCUGGCACAUGUUCACCUCUUUCCCUGCAUACAUGGUCGUCCAGUCUUCCUACAUCAACAUCCUCAACGUCUAUGCCUUCUCCAACUGGCACGAUGUGUCAUGGGGUACCAAGGGUUCCGACAAGGCGGAUGCUCUACCAUCAGCGACAGUUACCAAAGACGAGGGUAGUAAAGACGCGGUAAUAGAAGAAAUCGACAAGCCCCAAGCCGAUAUUGACAGCCAAUUCGAGGCCACCGUGAAGCGCGCCCUCACCCCCUUCGUUGCCCCCGUUGAGCACGAUGAGAAGAGUCUGGAGGAUUCCUACAAGAGUUUCCGUACACGUCUUGUUACCUUGUGGAUUUUCAGCAAUGGUCUUCUAGCAGUCUGCAUUACCAGCGAGUCCGUUGACAAGUUCGGCUUCAGCAACACCGCCACUACUCGUUCAACUCAUUUCUUCCAGGCUCUCCUGUGGUCCAAUGCUGCGGUCGCCUUAUUCCGUUUCAUUGGCUGCUGCUGGUUCUUGGGACGCACUGUUUCUUUUCUUUCAAUGCCUGCCUGUAAGCAAAAGCAGCAAGAGACUGAAAAUGCCGAAGGUGCUGCAGGCAAGAAGAAGAAGAAGGUCACCGCGGCCCAGCUUCGAGUGCAGCGAGAUCUGCAAGAGCUCACUCUUGGAAAUACGAUGAAAAUGUCCUUCCCGAACCCUGACGACAUCCUCAAUUUCACCUUGACCAUCGAGCCGGAUGAGGGCAUGUACAAGGGUGGCGUGUUCAACUUCUCCUUCGCUGUCAACCAAAACUUCCCACACGAUCCGCCAAAGGUGAAAUGCACGCAAAAGAUCUACCACCCCAAUAUUGAUCUCGAAGGAAACGUCUGCUUGAACAUUUUGCGGGAGGACUGGAAGCCGGUCUUGAAUUUGAACGCUGUGAUUGUCGGCAUGCAGUUCCUUUUCCUUGAACCGAACGCCUCCGACCCCCUCAAUAAGGAUGCCGCGGACGACCUCCGCGCAACCCGUGAUAACUUCAAGAAGAACGUGCGCACUUCUAUGGCCGGCGGGUCCGUCCGAGGGGUUUCAUUUGAGCGGGUGCUCCGGUGA